GUUUUUCAAAAGGGGACGAAUGGGCUAGAUGUCAAUGUCAGACAGUGCAUCUUAGCAACAUUCCUGGACCACAAGGAGUUCGUAGCCUACAGGACCAAUUUGCAAUAAAUGCAGACUUAACCUGACACUUCACCUUUCUCUCGGCAUCAUAUAGCGAGCAGACCGGUGCGUUCUGGACACAAGAAUCACUUCUGCGCUCUGCCGGGCUACCUUCUGUUUUACGCACAACUUUACUUCUUUACGCAUAGUGUGCAGCUCCUCAAACAUCCAUUAAUGAGGAGAGCGGCUACUCGAUAAGAUUGUCAUACUCAGCCAUUACUGAAUUUGACCUUCGAAGGACUGCAGAUCUCACUCAGGUGUAUAAUGAUUUUUCGGGGAUGUCGCGUGUGGCUGACACUGUUCAUCCUCAGCUCCUCUGCUCUCGCGCAAGUGGUGGAGGAUGAAACAGUGUUUGACCUGUUUGAAACCAGCGGUAUAACGCGAAAAACAAUAGGGGUAAAGUUGUUCAAGGGAUUGGACGGCGAUACACCCGCUUACCGCUUCAUUCGCUUCGAUCAGUUGCCCUCGGUCAGCGCAGCCUCGCUGCAGCAACUGCUUCUGCAAAUCCAGAACAAUGAGGGCUUCGUUUUCACGGCCACCAUGCGCCAGGACCGUACUUCUCGUGGCACAGUGAUCUCCCUCGAGGGACCCGGAGAGAGGCGUCAGUUUGAAGUGGUCUCUGAUGGCCGCACCAAUACUCUAGACCUGGUGUACUGGUGGGCGGAUGGUUCGCGCAACAUCAUCUCCUUCGAAGAUGUGGACCUGUCUGACUCGCAAUGGAAGAAUCUUACGCUGCAUGUACACGGAGAAACAGCUACGCUUUACGUGGGAUGUCGUUUGAUUGACAGCUUCAUUCUCGACGAGCCAUUCUACGAGCACCUGACCGCCGCUGGGGGUCGCAUGUUUGUUGCCAAGGGCUCUGCCCGGGAAAAUCAUUUCAGGGGGGUUCUCCAGAAUGUGCGCUUCAUCUUUGACACUGCUCUGGAGGAUGUUUUGGAGAGCCGGGGAUGUGUGCUCACCAUGCCAGAGGAGGUCAACGCGGUGAGCGAGAGCACGGAGCUGGUGGAUGUGGCGUCAUCCAUUGCCACGAACCUCAUCAGCCCCAACACGGACGCGCCGGCCACAGGGUCCGAGGACAAGAUGUGCGAACACUCGUGCGAGGAGCUCACCAACCUCUUCCAGGAGCUGAAGGGGCUCCGCGUGGUUGUGGGCAACCUCAUCGAUGGCAUGCAGAAAGUGACAGAGGAGAACGUCGCCAUGCGCGAAGCACUCGCUAAGUUGAAGAUGCCAUCCAACUCCUUGGAUCAGAACACGUGCUGGCAGGAUGGACGUGUCUUCGAGGACAAGGAGGACUGGGUCGUGGACAGCUGCACCAAAUGCACCUGCCAGGAAGGAAAGGUGGUGUGUCGCCAGAUCACAUGUCCUCCUGUGGCCUGUGCCACUCCCUCCUUCAUUGAUGGAGAAUGCUGCCCUGUUUGCUUGCCCAUGGACAGUGAGGACGGCUGGUCCCCAUGGUCCGAGUGGACGCAGUGCACUGUGACGUGUGGCACAGGGACGCAGCAGAGGGGCCGCUCCUGUGAUGACAGCAGCAACACCUGCAGCGGGCCGUCCAUCCAGACACGCAAGUGCAGCCUGGGGAAGUGCGACAGGAGAGUGAAGCAGGAUGGUGGCUGGAGUCUGUGGUCACCCUGGUCAUCCUGCUCGGUGACAUGUGGAGAGGGGCUCAUCACACGCAUCCGCCACUGCAACUCGCCUGUGCCUCAGCUGGGAGGACGCGAUUGCGAGGGAGAGGGGAGAGAGACCCAGAGCUGCCAGGCCCAACCAUGCCCUGUUGACGGCGGUUGGGGGCCGUGGUCGCCAUGGGCUGCCUGCUCGGCGACGUGCGGCGGGGGCCUGAAGAGCCGCGUCCGGGAGUGCAACAGCCCCGCGCCCCAGCACGGCGGGAGGAAGUGCAUGGGCGACGCUGCGGACAACGAGCCCUGCGGCCGAAAGGAGUGCCCAGUGGACGGGUGCCUGUCUAACCCCUGCUUCGGCGGAGUCGAGUGCAGCACGGGCAGCGAUGGCUCCUGGGAGUGUGGACCUUGCCCAGCAGGUUACCGUGGCAACGGCACCUUCUGUGAAGACGUUAAUGAGUGUGAGCUGGUGUCCGACGUGUGCCAUAAGAGAGAGGGUGUCCAGCAGUGUGUCAACACUGACCCAGGGUUCCACUGCCUGCCCUGCCCCCCGCGCUUCAAAGGCAGCCAGCCCUACGGCAUGGGCGUGGAGUCCGCCAAGACCAACAAGCAGAGUUGUGAGCCAUAUAACCCCUGCAAGGACAACAGCCACAGCUGCCACAGGUUUGCCGACUGCAUCUUCCUCAGCCCCACCAUCGACCCCAUGUACAAGUGUGAGUGCCGGGUGGGCUUUGCUGGGGACGGCAUCAUCUGUGGAGAGGACUACGACCUGGACGGCUGGCCCAACUACGACUUAGCCUGCAGAUCCAACGCUACCUACCACUGCAAGAAGGACAACUGCCCCAAACUGCCCAACUCAGGACAGGAGGACUACGACAAUGAUGGCCAGGGAGAUGCCUGCGACAAAGACGAUGACAACGAUGACAUCGUGGAUGAGAGGGACAACUGCCCCCUGCAAUAUAACCCUCUCCAGUACGACUUUGAUAAGGACGACGUGGGCGACCGCUGUGAUAACUGUCCGUAUGACCAUAACCCGUCUCAGACCGACACAGACAGCAACGGAGAAGGAGACGCCUGCUCGCUGGACAAGGAUGGCGAUGAGAUUCCUAAUGAGCGGGACAACUGUCCGCUCUACUACAACACUGACCAGAGGGACACAGAUCUGGAUGGAGUAGGAGAUCUCUGUGACAAUUGUCCACUAGUCCACAAUCCUCAGCAGACUGAUGCUGACAACGACUUAGUGGGAGACCAGUGUGACAACAAUCAAGACAUCGAUGAGGACGGCCAUCAGAACAACAUGGACAACUGCCCCUACAUCCCCAACGCCAACCAGGCCGACCACGACAAGGACGGCAAAGGGGACGCGUGCGACUUCGACGACGACAACGACGGCAUUCCUGAUGACAGGGACAACUGCAGGCUGGUGCCCAACAGAGACCAGCUGGACUCUGAUGGUGAUGGUCGAGGAGAUGCUUGCAAGGAUGACUUUGACAAUGACAGCAUCCCUGACAGCCUUGAUGCAUGCCCAGAGAACGAUGCCAUCAGUGUCACUGACUUCCGCAAGUUCCAGAUGGUGCAUCUGGACCCCAAGGGUACCACGCAGAUUGAUGCCAACUGGGUUGUGCGAAACCAGGGCAAAGAACUUGUGCAGACUGCCAACUCUGAUCCCGGCAUUGCUGUCGGUUUUGAUGAGUUUCAAGCUGUGGACUUCAGCGGUACGUUCUACGUCAACACAGAGCGUGAUGAUGACUACGCUGGCUUUGUCUUCGGCUACCAGUCCAGUCGCCGCUUCUACGUGGUCAUGUGGAAGCAGAUCACACAAACCUACUGGGAGGACAAGCCCCAUAAGGCCUUUGGAAUCUCUGGCGUGUCACUCAAGGUGGUCAACUCCACCACUGGCACCGGCGAAUACCUACGCAAUGCCCUCUGGCACACAGGCAAUACCAGAAAUCAGGUACGCACACUUUGGCAUGACCCCAAAAACAUCGGCUGGAAAGAUUACACAGCCUACCGCUGGCAUCUCAUUCAUAGACCCAAGACUGGCUUCAUCAGGGUUGUGGUCUAUGAAGGGAAGCAGAUCCUGGCCGACUCCGGUCCUGUCUAUGACAAGACGUACGCCGGAGGCAGACUGGGGCUGUUCGUCUUCUCUCAGGAGCUCGUCUUCUUCUCCGACCUCAAAUAUGUGUGCAGAGACAACUAAUCUGAGGAUCACCAGUUCCAUGGACAUGCGUUUACCAGAACCCAUACCACAAAGACGUACUAAAUAAGACUCCAGGUAACCAAUAACAGCAGAGAGAGCCACAGAAAUACAAAAUCAAGGCACCAAAUUGGACUCCUAGUCAGGCAAUUCUAGUCAUAAUCUAUGCAUCUGUUCAGUGAUCUAUACCACACAAAGGAUGUUUCAAACAUGUGAUUCAGUGAGCAAACUGGAUGUGGAGUCCAUGGCACAGACUCAAUGCAGGACAUUGCUAAUCCUCAACCCUUGUGCUGGUUGCACUUACACUUACAGCAGUACAAUGUUGAAUCCUGCCACCUUGAAUGGACCCUGGGGGUUGCACCUGUUUCUCCAAUUUCAGCUGAUUUUUUGUACAUGUGUAGCAAGUAGUCAUAUAUUUUCAAAGAAAAAUUUGUGUUUUGAUUUGUAACAUUUUUGUUAACAUUUGAAUGCUGAGGGAAAGAUGUAUCAUAAUUAGACUGUCUUAUUUUCUACUGUAAAUUAUUUGCUUUUUUUGCUUUUCCGUGCAAAGAUAUAGAUUCAUGUUUUGUUGUUUGAUCUGCUAUUGCCAAAGAAUGUAAAUAUUUAUUUAUUUUGUUUACACUGACAGAAUUUCACCAUUGAAGUGCCAAGCAAUACUCAGUGUUAGUAGUUCUCUUUAAGCAUUAAGCAUAGAGUCUUAAACCCAAUGAAUUUGGUUCAUCUUGGAGAGUCAGCACAUUUAAAUGCAGAGACUCUCAGUGAGGGACAUUUCUUUUUUUGAUAUAAAUAUUUCCAUUUGAGGUAACACUGCUCCAUCGCAUAACUCAUAAUUACAUAACACGCUUACGCUUUGGACAUAUGGAGCAACUUAGUAAAUGUCAAACUUUCGUGUCAUCUGAAAAGCAAAAAAUCAACCAGAGUUGAUGUUACUCGUGCUUAAAUAAAUAGGCGACAUGGUCUCCUGUCAGCCCAGAGUGGCCUUCAGAAGCACUGCGGCCUGCCGCGUGUCGGCAAGGUGAAACUAUGUAAGAUGAGCGAUGCCCUGCAUGCCCUGCAUGCUUGUCAUCUCACUCUCUGAGCUUUGACUGAGUGUAAAACUGAAACCAGGUGCCAGAGGAAAAACAUUCCUUUGUCUGGCAGACAUGGUCAGUAUUUCAUUUUAGUCAAGGUCAGUGUGUUUAGAUGCCCAAAGCCAGUUUCAGGAAACCUUUUGUAAUACAAAGCACAUGCAUACGUGUAGAGUGGCGUAUAGUUCGCUUGGGGCAGAGAGGAGUAAGCACAUAAAACGAGAGGAGUGAAAUAUAUGAAAUGUGAUAAUGAUGCCAUUUGAACUCUCAGGAGUUCACCAUACCUCCUCAUCAGGCUCAUAGAACGUGUGAUUGGAGCAAAUGAUCGGCCAUCUAUAGCUUGCAACUGUAUGUCUUUGUGGCUUGCAUUAUUGUUUUGAAUGUUUUUUAUUUCUGUUUUGUAACACAAUUUGUCAUGCAUAUAUCUGGCAACAUUCAAUAUUCAAAUCAAUCAAACCAGCACAUAAAUAAACAGUAAUAGGUUUACAUGUUUCAUUAAUAAAAUUUUAUACAGUA